AUGGCAACCGAUCCCGACCGCGGCCUCUCCGGCUGGGGUAUCUUCUUCCUCGUCGCUUUUGUCUUCAUCGUCAUUGGCGGAUGCGCAUGGAUAAUAUUCACACAAUACCGCGCCAGACGAUUGNGUCUCCCCGCUCCCUCGCUCAACCCCUUCACACGUGGCCGACGACAACAAAAUUCGUACCAAGCUCCUNCGGCAGGAGCCGGAGGCAUCGGUGGCUGGAUCAAGGACAAGGUCGGUGCGUUGAAGAGCAGUGUCGGCGGAGGCAGAUCAUCUGGAGGCGCAUACGAACCCAGCGGUGGUUACGGGAGAGGUGGUCACCGUGGCUUCGGUGCCCUGGAUCCUGAUGAGGCCUGGGAUACGCGUGUUGGCAACGAGGCAGACUAUGGCGUCAAUCGCGACGGCUACUACGAAGAGCAUGACCUGGGCUCGCCGGACAUGAACUCAGGACCCUACGGCGGACAUGGUUACGGAGGAGGAAGCAUUGGUGUUGGAGGCAUCGAAGAGACAAGAGGACGUGCUGCCAGCCGUCAACGCGAACUCGACUCAAGAUACGACGAGGAGAUGCACGGCACCAACCCCUUCGGCGAUGACACAGCUGAGCGCAGCAGUAUGAAGAACAACGGCUCUCGCCCGACUGUCGACACAACCUCUGAAGCUUCAAGCCAGAAGGCUCCGCAUCACAAGAACCAGCAGAGUCUAGGUGCCCAGUCUGCCGACUCUCCUUCCGAGCGCCGCAGCAUCUUCCGUGAGGACAUGUAA